AAUUUUAUCGUACCGGAAAGAUCUUGUUAUUAGACGAGAUAAUGGGAUCAAAGAAUUCAUCGUUAGACAUAACUCACCAGGAAUUAAUCGAAGAGAUAAAGUACUUCCAGAUUCCGUUGCCACGUCGAGACAUUCCGACCGACCAAUAUCACGCCGAAUUGCUGGAUAAAUUCGUGGAGGCUUUGAAGGAUGGCAUCUGUGAAGCAAGAUAUGAUUUCCACAGUAUUUUUGGUGCGGAGUUUGCGCCCAUAGGUGCCAGCAAAAAAAAUUUUGUAACAGUUCCCCCCGAGGGAAAUUUCAAGAGGCUAUUUGAACCAUUCAGAUACAACGGAUAUAAGAUCAUAGAAUUGUUUGGUAAAGAUAUCGAGGAGCAUAUUAAAUCUUCGUUUACAGAUAUCACAUUUUCGAUAAUCGAAGGGGAGGUGGAAGAGAAUGAUGUUGGGUAUAAGGUGUACGUGAUCAAAAUUGAAAUUGGAGAUGAAGCCUGGGAUCAGGAUGCCAUUCUUAAUAAAUCUAACGUGGUCAUCAACACACCCAUCGGAAAGAUCGCUCAAGGAGCAAAUAUUCUUAUCAGUUGGGAACUUUCUGGCCCCACGCCGAUGCUCCUUGGUUCUCUCCGCAUCCAGAACAAGAACACGGGAGAGUCUACAAAUAUUAACGAUUCCCUCGACCUGUCGAUUCGUAGGCUCCAAUGGAGGGUGAACGUUUCUCCCGGAACUUACAUCCUGGCCAUCAACGAUGGAAGUGGGGAAAGGUUUUCUGGGGAAUUUCAGAUUGUUCAAGGAAGAACCAUUGGCGAAGGGGGUAGCAGGGACACGGGUGGUGGUGGAGGGAGUGUGAUCGCGAAAGGAAGUACGACCAUUAAUCCGGUGCGAAAUAACGUGAACACUCCGAGCGAUUCAAGACCACCGGAAAUUUCCUUCGCGAAACCGGAACGAGUUGCCCCAACUGUUACUAUUUCUGUGUAG